AGAAGCGGGGCUGCAGCUGGUGCUGAUCAACACGCCUCCGGGAGACCGAGAGGAGGGGGAAAUGGGGCUGGGAGCCGUUCCCGGGAGGCAGGCGGCCUUCCGCGAGGGGCUGGAGCAGGCGGUGCUGUACGCUAAGGCUCUGGGCUGUCCCAGGAUUCACCUGAUGGCCGGCCGAGUACCCCGGGGUGCCAACCGAGCAGCAGUCAAGGGUGAAAUGGAGACAGUUUUUCUGGAGAACCUGAGGCACGCAGCCGGGGUUUUGGCUCAGGAGAACCUCGUGGGACUGCUGGAGCCCAUUAACACCCGCAUCACUGACCCCCAGUACUUCCUGGAUUCGCACCAGCAGGCGGCAGCCAUCUUACAGAAGGUCGGAAGGCCCAACCUCCAGUUACAAAUGGACAUAUUCCACUGGCAGAUCAUGGACGGGAAUCUGACAGGAAACAUCCGCGAGUUCCUGCCCAUCGUUGGGCAUGUGCAGGUGGCACAGGUCCCGGGCCGGGGGGACCCUGGCAGCCCUGGAGAGCUGAACUUCUCCUAUCUAUUCCAACUGCUGGAAGACGAAGGCUACAACGGUUUUGUAGGCUGCGAGUACCAGCCUCAAGGAGACACAGUGGAGGGCUUGAGUUGGCUACGUUCCUACUGGGAUAGGCGGGGCCGCUCACAGGCUGGCCAGUGAGGUCCUGCAGUCCACCCACUUGCCUCUCUGGGACAGUGAAUUGAGCAUCCUGAGUAUCCUCUGGAAUUAAAGACAAGUUUCUGAA